AUGCUAAAGACGCGACUCCGAAAGAUGACCAUUUCAUCAGCUGUCCCAUCGGGAAGUGAGGCGAGAACGCAAGCGCACGACUACUCGCACUUCAAGCGACUGUACAAGCUCGGCGCUGAAUUGGGUCGAGGUGGCUUCGGCACUGUCUACUCUGGCUUUCGACAAGCCGACGGAUUGCCCGUAGCGAUCAAAUUUGUCUCUCGACCGAAUGUCACCGCCUGGAAUCAUAUGGACAACCGCCAGGUGCCGGUGGAGAUCGUGUUGCUAGAGCGGUGUCAAGACGUGAGCGGUGUCAUUCAGAUGUUGGAUUGGUUCGAGAGGAAUGAUGGUUUCGUGAUCGUGAUGGAACGGCCAUCGCCGUGCACCGAUCUCUUCGAUUAUAUCUCCGAUCAUGGACCCCUUCACGAGAGUGUGGCCAGGAAUUUCUUCAAACAGGUUGUUGAGACAAUGAUCGCUUGUUCUCGAAACGGCGUCCUCCAUCGAGACAUAAAAGAUGAGAAUCUCGUCGUUGAUCUGAAGACCGCUCAGCUGAAGUUGAUCGACUUUGGCAGCGGGGCUUUUGCCCGUCCCGGCUCCUACACCGAUUUCGAGGGUACCCGCGUUUACAGUCCACCGGAAUGGAUCCAAGAAUCUCGAUACGAUGGCCUUCAGGCAACGGUGUGGUCACUGGGAAUCUUGCUGUACGAUAUGGUUUGCGGGGAUAUCCCGUUCAGAAGAGAUUCUGAUAUUAUCGGCGGAUCGAUUCACUGGAGAAGGCCAAUCUCUGAUUUGUGCAAGGAUUUGAUCCGGAAAUGCUUGGCUAUUGAGGGACCGUCUCGACCAGUGCUAGAAUCCCUUCUAGAACAUCCGUGGAUGAUGGUCGGAGAGCCAAGCCGACAUAUUUCACCACAAGAAUUGAAUGGAUCAAGGCAUAAACUGGCAUCGGUGCCCGAUCGACUCGUCAAUCAAGCGUCUCAACAACGAAAGCCUCGCGUGCCACAGCAUGGAUCCGAAGUUCAAAUGGCUCCAUCAUCGCAACCGGUUGACAUUCCUGAACCAGAGAUUGUAGAGGCGAAAGUCGAAGAACAACACCGGCCGAGACCCAGCGAGAAAGCUAUGAAACAGCACGAGCCAACCUCUCUCAACUACACCCAAUCGCACUACUCAACGUCUCCUGUGAAACGGAAAAGCGAGCAAACCCGUGCUCAGUACAUGGCCGCUCAACAAAGCCGUUCAAUUCCGUCACACCGUCGCACCGGUUCGGUCGGCUCGAAUCCAUGCGCUAACUCUAUGCUCUCCUCCGGCUCCUCAGGUUACGGCACUUGUUCAACUUCUCCACCCACUUCUGGGUCAGGCGCUCAUCAGGGUGCCCUAAUUCUAGGCUCCUAU